AUGUCAUCGUACCGUGGUCCGUCCAUGGUUAAGCCAAUGAUGAACAAUGAUGCAGCUAAUGCUAGUGAGUCUGGUCAUCGAAUAGUGAAGUUAGCGCCACAAGGCGAGAUCAGGAUCCAAGUCCAUCAGUCUUCGACUCUCAAACUCCGUGUGCUAGAGGGCAAAGUUGAGAUUUUCGGUUCCGAGCUCCCACCAAAAGUGUGGAUCACGUUUCCACCUCUCCAGCAAUUCGCCGUCUUCACAUGGUAUGGUGGAACAAUCGAAGUAGAUGGCGUCACAGAAACUGAAUAUACAUCUUCUGAGACACCUAUGAUGAGCUAUCUGAAUUUCCACAACUCUCUACAAAGACAAAGACAUCGUGUGACAUCUUCCACAAGUGAUAAUGUAUCUUCACAUGGACCAAGAGUUAUCAUUGUAGGGGAUAUAGACUCUGGGAAGACCACUUUAGCUAAGAUGAUUCUUAGUUGGGCAGCUAAAGAUGGUUUCAAGCCAACAUUUGUUGACCUUAACGUCGGUCAAAGCUCGAUAACCAUACCAGGAACUAUUGCUGCUACUUCUAUUGAAAUGCCUUUGGACCCUGUUGAAGGGUUUCCUAUUAAUAAGGCUCUUGUGCAUUACUUUGGUCACACAACACCGGAUAUCAACCUUAGGCUGUACAAGGCUCUUGUUGAAGAGCUUGCUCGAGAAUUAGAGGUGGAGUUUUCUGAUAACAUUGAAUCUCGAUAUUCUGGUAUGGUGAUUGAUACAAUGGGAUGGACCACUGGUGUCGGUUACCAUCUGCUUGUCCAUGCAAUAAGGAGGUUUAAUGCAUCUGUAGUUAUUGUCCUUGGUCAAGAAACAGAACUCGUCAAUGAUCUUAGCAAAGCUUUAAGAUUCAAGAAGAAUUUACAAAUCUUGAAUCUUGAGAAGUCAGCUGGAGUUUUCUCUAGGGGCUCUGAUUUUCGCAAGACCUUGAGGAACAACAACAUCAAGAAGUACUACCAUGGAGCCACUCACGAGCUCACGGUCUACACCAAAACCGCAAAGUUCAGAGAUGUGCAAGUAUAUCAGUUUCCAAAGAGGUCAAGAGGAAAUCAUGAUAGCACUUUGGAGAUCACACCUGUGAAAAUUGACGAACAACUUAUCAAUAAAGUUCUUGCUAUCUCAUACGCCAAAGAGCCUGACCAGAUCAUCUCAAGCAUUGUUGCUGGAUUUGUGUGUAUCACAAAUGUUGAUAUUGAUGAAGAGAGAAUUACAUAUCUCUCUCCAUCAGCUGCGGAAUUGCCUAGCAAGAUACUGGUCACGGGGACUUUGACAUGGCAUGUAACUUGAGGAGGAAG